UUGAAAACCGAAUUUCUCUUCCCCACUAUCUGGUAAUUUUUUCUCAGCCAAUUUGCAUGAGCGAAAUAUUCCACGUUUAGGUUAUAAUGCUUGAAAGCAAAUUCUCGUUCGCCUUCCGUUGAUAGGUACGCGUUCUGAUAUCAGGUUUUACAGUAUUCAAAAAUUUAGGUAUAUUUUAGUUUAGUAUGUAAGGUUGCCCAUGCUGACUCGAAAAAAUUAACUUGCAACAACUGGCCAGUCUGUACUUCUAACAGCUGCCGAUUGUAUUAAUGUUAUAAUUAUUUGAAUUAUAUGAUAUACAUCUGUUUGUUGCAAUUUUUAUUGUAUCGCAAACAAUAUACUGAGAGUAAUUGUGGCUAGAUCAGAGGUCUGGGUCUUUAUCACAGUAUUAUCAAUUUUUGUGUAUCUAAACAAAUAAUUGAGAGAAAAAAAGUACUGUCUUAUCAGUACAGUUCCAAAGCGUUUAAGAGGCCCAUUAAGAGCAACAUGAAUGUGUUCAAAUUUACUGACUAUAAUUGUAUUGGCUUUGAUCUGGAUAACACUCUGCUGCGUUACAAUAUCACAAAUCUGGUGUACAUGGAAUAUGAGGUGUUAGCUAGAUUUUUGGUGGAUGAACGAGGGUACAGCGGGAAACAUCUGUUACAAUCUUUAACUGAUGACAAUUUGGAUUUCAUGCAAAAGGGAUUAUUGUUGGAUUUUGAGAGAGGAAAUAUACUCAGGGUGAGUCCAGAUGGUGUUAUUUGCAGAGCUUGUCAUGGGACACAUUUGUUAAGUACAGAUCAAAUAAGGAAGAUAUAUCCUGAACAAAGAUGGGAAUUUACUGAUAUCUUCUGUAACGAUAAGCUGGCAACUUGGAAUGGACCUUUAUCUGAGAAAAUAAGGAGCCUACUGGAUUAUUUUGCCAUAUCAGCGAGUAUUGUAUUUGCACGAGCUGUGGAUACACUUGAUGAAGAGCAUAAAUCAAUUUUAGAUAAAUAUAACGUUUGGCCUGACAUAUCAAAUGGAUUGACCUAUUUGUUCUCUAGAGAACAUUUUCAAUCCGAUAAAAGGAUUUUUUGUCAUCUUAAAAAGAAUCCAGAGAAAUAUUUGCAUAAAUGUAGUACAGAAACAAUGUCAUGGUUGAAAGAAGUAAAAAAAAUAUCCGCAACUUUUCUUCUUACGGGAUCAAAUGCAGAUUUUGUGAACUUUACCGCGAGUUAUGCUCUUGGUGAGAACUGGAGGUCCUUUUUUGAUAUUGUUGUGUGUUAUGCUAGAAAGCCGGGUUUUUUUAUUAACAAUCGACCGUUCUUUGACGUUGUGAACAAUGAUGAAACUAAAAUUGUGUGUUAAGAUUUAAAACAAGGUGGAAUGUAUAGCCAAGGAAAUUGGACUGAUCUAUUAAAAUUUCUCACUCAUAUAACGAAAGAAACUAAGCAGCGAUGCUUAUACAUUGGCGAUAAUCUUGUACAAGAUAUAUAUGUACCAAAUGCAUUUGCACAUUAUGAUACAUUAGCUGUAAUCGAGGAACAAAUAUCAGAAGGGAUGAUUCAUCAUGGAUCGUCUCAUCCAGAUGAGAAAAUUUUAAAUUCGAAAUUGCGGGGAUCUUACUUUUGUUUGAAAGAUUCGACAAUCAAUUUUGACUCUUUGUGGGAACAUGUAACAAAGAAACACGCAAAGCUGUGUAUACCAGAAAUUUAUGUAAUUGUACAGAAAUCUUUAGAAGAACCUAUUCAUUGUUUUGAUAAAGGUGGAAAAUCCUAUCAUGGAUAUUAUCCUGCUAGACCACUUAGUAUAUCAACAUUGUAAUAUAAGAAUGAUAAUAACAUGAGUAUUGCCAUUCCUUUACAUUUGUAGCAAAAGUCACAUUUUUUAUAUGAAAAACUUUGCUAAGGAUUUUAAAUACUUAGCAUGUAACUUUUAAAAAUAAUUGACUAAUAUAUAGCAUAUCUAAAAAUAUUCUGGGAUUACUUUACAUUAUUGUCAAAUUGUUUCAGUUUGUAAUAAAAAUAUCAAAAAAUGGUUCUUAAAUGGUUGUUGCAUUAUAUUUAAUCAUCUAAUGAAAAUGUAU